ACAUUGACAUAACCUAAAUUUAUUUGUUUGUGGCCGGUUGUUGUUUGUAAAUGAAUUUGGUUUUCAAUAUUUUAAAAAUAAUACCACGCAUGAUAUCUGCUUGAUAAUAGUAUAAUUACUUCUGUAGAGCAAUGACGACGAAUCCUAGAAGGGGUACCGACCCCGUGCCAGUGGAAGAAAGCGAUCAAUUGACCAUCAGACCUUUAGGGGCUGGCCAAGAAGUUGGACGAUCAUGUAUAAUGUUGGAGUUCAAGGGGAAAAAGAUAAUGUUGGACUGCGGCAUUCACCCCGGGCUCUCGGGGAUGGAUGCUCUGCCUUUCGUGGACCUUAUUGAGGCUGAUGAAGUGGACCUGCUGCUCAUCUCACAUUUCCACCUGGACCACAGUGGGGCGCUGCCAUGGUUUCUCACCAAGACCUCAUUCAAGGGGCGCGUGUUCAUGACGCACGCCACCAAGGCCAUAUACCGGUGGCUCGUCUCCGAUUACAUCAAAGUUAGCAACAUAUCCACAGAACAAAUGCUGUACACGGAGUCCGAGCUAGAAAGCUCUAUGGAGCGCAUCGAGACCAUCAACUUCCACGAGGAGCGCGACGUGCGCGGGGUGCGGUUCUGGGCCUACAACGCGGGCCACGUGCUGGGGGCCGCCAUGUUCAUGAUAGAGAUUGCUGGCGUUAAGGUGCUAUACACUGGUGACUUCUCUCGGCAAGAGGACCGGCAUCUGAUGGCGGCGGAGAUCCCCACCGUGCACCCGGAUGUCCUCAUCACGGAGUCAACCUACGGCACUCACAUCCACGAGAAGCGCGAGGAGCGCGAGUCCCGCUUCACGUCGCUCGUGAGCGACAUCGUGUCGCGCGGCGGCCGCUGCCUCAUCCCCGUGUUCGCGCUCGGACGGGCCCAGGAGCUGCUGCUCAUACUGGACGAGUACUGGUCCCUGCACCCCGAACUACAAGACAUCCCGAUCUACUACGCGUCCUCAUUGGCCAAGAAGUGCAUGGCGGUGUACCAGACCUACGUCAACGCCAUGAACGAGAAGAUACGGAGGCAGAUCGCGCUGAACAACCCGUUCAUAUUCAAGCACAUAUCGAAUCUUAAGGGUAUAGACCACUUCGAGGACAUAGGCCCGUGCGUGAUCAUGGCGUCGCCUGGUAUGAUGCAGUCGGGGCUGUCGCGGGAGCUGUUCGAGUGUUGGUGCACCGACCCCAAGAACGGAGUCAUUAUUGCCGGUUACUGCGUAGAAGGCACGCUCGCCAAGACGAUCCUGUCGGAGCCUGAAGAGAUCACCUCCAUGUCGGGACAGAAGCUGCCUCUCAAGAUGUCAGUAGACUACAUCUCGUUCUCGGCUCACACGGAUUAUCAGCAGACCUCCGAGUUUAUUAACAUAUUGAAGCCGCCACAUGUGGUGCUAGUCCACGGCGAACAGAACGAGAUGUCCCGCCUGAAGGCGGCCCUACAGCGCGAGCACCGCGGCGCCCUCGCGAUACACACGCCGCGCAACACGCAGGUGCUCAGCCUCAGCUUCCGCGGGGACAAGACUGCCAAGGUGAUGGGUUCGCUGGCCAUGACGGCGCCGGAGCCGGGCGCGGAGCUGCACGGGAUCCUCGUCAAGCGGAACUUCAACUACCACAUACUGGCGCCCGAGGAUCUCAACAAAUACACAGAACUAACGCAAACAGAAGUGACGCAGCGCCAGUCGCUGCACUACGGGGGCUCUCUACCGCUUCUACGCCACGUGUUGCUGCAACUGUGCCCUCGAGUGGAGUUCUCGAGCGAGACCAAGUGUCGCCUCUACGGGUGUAUUGACUGUACCAUCGAGAAUAGUGUGGUUACGCUUGAGUGGGUAGCGCAACCCGUGACGGACAUGUACGCGGACGCGCUCGUCGCGGGCAUCCUGUCCGCGUCGCUGCAGCCCGCGCCCAAGCACCUGCCGCUCGCACCUAAGCUCGAUCGGAUGCACUUCAAGGAGUGCGUGCUGGAGAUGCUGCAGGAAAUGUUCGGUGAAGAGGCCGUCCCGAAGAUGCUGAAGGGAGACAAGCUGCCCGUCACCGUGAACGGCGCCACCGCCGUCGUGGAUCUCGCCACGCUCGAGGUGAAAUGCCCCGAAGAUGACACUCUAGAGAAGAUGGUCCACACGGCCGUCACGAACCUAUACGGAGCGCUCGCGCCUAUGAAAGCACCGCUUCUGCCCACCUCCUCGUGA